ACAUUUGAAGGCUCUUGGUGUCCGGAUUUCGCACUUGAUAUUUGAAUGACUACGCUGGGUCUCAGAUCAUUGCCUGUAAAACAAUAGUGUUAACAACCACGCAUUCGUCAUGGCGACCAGCUUCUUGUUGACCGUCGCUCUUGUGAUUUGUCUUUGUGCAGGAUACAGCGCAGCAAUUAAAUGUUACGCCUGCCCCAUGGAUGAUACGACCUGUCGGGACCCGUUUGACACACGCAACCGCACGUUGGUGGAUAACUGCACACAAUGCAUGAAAACAAAAGGGGAACAGUAUGACAAAAUCGUGGAGCGCAGUUGUGUAACGGACGUGUUGGUCGAUUCCAACUGCAAAAAAGAUAAAAAGUGGGAUGUCGACGUGACUAUCUGUCGUUGUAGCUCAGAUAAGUGCAACGGAGCCUUAUCCUCCUACUUCACCAUGGCAACCAUUCUUUCCCCGCUUCUGAUGUUUGCUACACAUGUUCUGUAAGGGGUGUUGCGGAAGUUACCGGGGAUCGCUAUUAUUACAACCCAAUAAAUUUUGACUGGAUUCAUAUUCGGAUUUUCGGAUAAUAAACCGCGACAUUUCUAGAGUUCAAAAUCACCAAAACUGCAGCAUCAACCCUUAACAAGAAUAUGCAUGUAUUGAAAACUUGUUAUGCAGCUAUUAAAGUAUAAUUAUAGAUAUACAUGUGCAUUUUAGGCUUUAAUAUACUGCUUGUUGCAAAAGUAUUAACGAAUGAAGAUAAAAAUAAAUAUAUUAUGGUAUCUUUCCAAUCAAAUGUUUUAUUUAAUACAAAUUAAAUUGAUGAAAUUAUGCAAAUUAUAUAGUACUGUGUUGCUUAGCAAGUUUGUUGAAACAAUGACUUUGUAUACGAAACUUCGAAACUAUGUAUCUUGUUGGUCAGAUACUUUGUGCGAUUAAUAGGAACAAAAGCAAUUGAUACAAAUAAUUCAAUGUAAUAGCAUUCAUUUACGUGAUUGUUAUACUUCAAAGGUUUUAAGAAUAAAGAAAGUAUAUUA